GGUGGUGAAGGAAGAGAUCUCAGAUGACAAUGCAAAGCUCCCUUGCUUCAAUGGAAGAGUGGUGUCCUGGCUGGUCCUGGCUGAAAGUUCCCACUCUGACACAGGCUCCCAGUGCACAGAGAGCCACACAGACCUUCCACCUCCCAUUGAGAGAACAGGAGGCAUCGGAGACUCCAGACCUCCAUCAUUCCACCCCAAUGCUGCCAGCAGCAGGGAUGGCCUGGACAAUGAAACAGGAACAGAGUCAGUUAUCAGCCACCGGCGAGACAGACACCGGCGGAGGAACAGAGAGGGGCACGAGGAUGUGCCUCGGCUCAAUGGGCACCCGAAGCUGGACAGGCACCGUGAGCAUCCUCCUGGCUACGACAGCUCCUCCACCAUGAUGAGCAGUGAGCUGGAGUCCAGCAGCUUCAUCGACUCCGAGGACGACGACAACACCAGCAGGUUGAGUAGCUCCACGGAGCAGAGCACAUCGUCGCGGCUCAUCCGGAAACACAAGCGCCGGAGGAGGAAACAAAGGAUGCGGCAGAUCGACAGGUCGUCUUCGUUCAGCAGCAUCACUGAUUCCACCAUGUCCCUAAAUAUCAUCACUGUCACACUCAACAUGGAGAAGUAUAACUUCCUGGGAAUCAGCAUUGUGGGACAGAGCAAUGACCGAGGGGAUGGUGGCAUUUACAUUGGCUCUAUAAUGAAAGGAGGAGCAGUGGCAGCUGAUGGCAGGAUUGAACCAGGAGAUAUGCUGCUGCAGGUGAAUGAUGUCAAUUUUGAGAACAUGAGCAAUGACGAUGCCGUUCGGGUCCUGCGGGAAAUCGUCUCCAAACCAGGACCUAUCAGCCUAACAGUAGCCAAAUGCUGGGACCCUACUCCCAGGAGUUAUUUCACCAUCCCCAGGG